UUCGGAGGAAGCCUGAGUUGUGGACUUCUUUGACCUGGGAGUUCAGCACCAUGGCUAGCUCCAGGCUCUAUAUACUCUGCUUUGGGUGCUCCAUUCUCUUGCUCUUGGGGGCUUGCGAGGAACCAACCAAGAUUCAAGGUGCGGGAGAUGCAGCUGAGGAAAGCCAGGAGGAAAAAGAAAUGAUUGAAGCUCUGCAGGAGGUGCUGGAGAAGCUGAGGAAUAGCCGGAUGCCGCUGCUUGAAAAGAAGUUAGGAUGGGUUCCUUCGUGCGACGCAGGGGAGCAAUGCGCAGUGCGGAAAGGGUCUCGCAUUGGCAGGCUUUGCAACUGCCCCCGUCGAACGUCCUGCAACAUGUACAUCUUGAAGUGCUUGUGAGGAUGCGGGCAAGGGGCACGGGAGAGAGUGGAUCCUGGACGGGAGCUCCACGCACAGCUCCAGGUUGUAGAAACUCUUCAGAAAACGCCCUCUUGUGGAUCCGCUUGUCCAGAGACAUUGGGAAUCUCCAUCCUCUGAACCCAGAAAAAUGGCCAAACUCCUGCAGGCUCUUUUCCCACCAGGCAGACCAAGAAAAUA